UACACUAUACCUCUUUUACAACACCAUGUACCUACGUAACAUUUGUUUCAGGAUGUCCAAUAAGCACAGAAUGCCCGACCAAACCCUGCCCAAGAAAUGAGGUCAGAUGUGUGAAAAAGUACUUCAAGGGUCGAGCGAACUGCCUGUCAUACGUUUGUCGACUGAACAGCAACAAAUUGGUGCUGGAAAACUUCAAAAAUUAUGUGCCGGUCGUGAAUACUACAUUCAUCAUGAAUGCUACUGUAACUGGCUUGAAUUCCGGAGAAAUUGUUGAUUAUAUUGUUGAUACAACAAAUAAUAUAGCUGUACUAUCAAUUGAGUACUCAAACAUUAACUUUACGGGAAUCGCUGACUUCACUUACUACCAAAGUUGUAGAGAACCGAAGACAGUAAGAGCAACUACUGCCGAAUUGUAUCCAAGCUUCAUAAUAACCACCUACUUCUAUGACUUAGAAAACCUGUCAUUUGAAAAUAGUUACAGUGUUGCCAACAUCACUGAAUUACCCACGAUCGUUCUGGGACCUUGUGUAACUAACAGUAAAGAUCCAGCUAUACAAACAUUUUACAGUGGUUUCCUUGAGAACACGGCUGCUGGAGUAUCAGAAGCGUUUCAAACUCGGUCUCCGACCAUCCAAAAGUAUUUCAUAUCCAAAAACAUCUGUAACUAUAUUAAAAAGGACUGA